AUGAAGAAGAGAUUUAGAAGAGUUCUAAAUUUAGUCCUUUCGCCCGUCGGCCGGUUGUCGUCGGCAAUCUGGAAGGCAAAAGGACAAGGGCAAAGGACAAUCAGCUGGUGUGACCAAGUUAUGAUUGUCUCUCCCUUAACAGCUGAGCUAAGGGAAGCUGCAGACGAAACAAAGUGGAGAGAUCUCACUAGUAGGACAGCAGGCACCGGACAGUAA